AUGGCAGAAGAAAAUAAGACACAAGUAACUGAAUUUGUUCUCACAGGACUUACAGAUAGUCCAGAGCUCCAUGUGCCCCUGUUCCUGGUGUUCCUGGUCAUUUACCUCAUCACCAUGGUGGGCAACCUUGGACUGAUUUAUCUCAUCUGGAAGGACCCCCAUCUUCACACCCCCAUGUACUUAUUCCUUGGCAGUUUAGCCCUUGCAGAUGCUUGUUCGUCCUCCUCUGUGACUCCCAAGAUGCUUAUGAAUUUUCUAUCUAAGAAUCAUAUGAUAUCUCUCUAUGACUGUAUGGCCCAGUUUUAUUUUUUUGGAUCCAGUGCAACCACAGAAUGUUUCCUCUUGGUGGUGAUGGCCUAUGAUCGCUACGUAGCCAUAUGUAAUCCUUUGCUUUAUCCAGUGGUGAUGUCCCAUAAACUCUGUAUUCAGUUUAUAGGUGUCUCAUAUUUCAUUGGUUUUUUACAUUCAGCGAUUCAUGUGGGUAUGUUAUUUAGAUUAACUUUCUGCAAGUCCAAUGUAAUACAUUACUUCUAUUGUGAAAUUUUACAACUGUUCAAAAUUUCUUGCACAGAUCCUACACUUAAUACACUUUUGGUUUUUAUCUUUUCGGCUUUUAUUCAAGUCUUAACAUUUAUGACCAUCAUGAUCUCUUACACCUGUGUUCUCUUUGCCAUCCUGAAAAAGAAGUCUGAAAAGGGCAGAAGCAAAGCCUUCUCCACUUGCAGUGCCCAUCUGCUCUCUGUUUCCUUAUUCUACGGCACUCUCUUCUUCAUGUAUGUGCGUCCUGGUUCAGGUCCUGCUAAAGAUCACGACAAAAUGUAUUCUUUAUUUUACACAAUAAUAAUACCUUUGCUAAAUCCUUUUAUUUACAGCCUGAGGAACAAAGAGGUUAUAGGUGCCUUGAGAAUAAUGAAGAAAUAA